CACAGACAGCAGUCUUCAAGUUCAGCACCCCCCUCCUCCUCUCUCCCCUCUCCCCUCCGUGGAUUCACAACACACAGGAAGUCACGUGGUGCCCAUGUCCACGUGCUUUGGAGGAGCGUGCAGCACGUGAGUAGAGGAGCAGCCGCACCGCGGGAACACAGUCACAGAGAGGAGCUGAGACACUGCAGAGGCGCGGGUUUUCUGCUCUGAAAACCCAGUGGUGCAAGCAAAAAAAUGAAAAAAAGGGGGAAUACUCGCCGGCUCCGGCGGUCCGCUGUCAUCUGUUCCUGGCUGCUGUAUUCUCUGACCGCCGGACCAACUCCUGCAUGAAGAAAGAAACCAGUCAGAGAAGGAUUUGUUGGAACACUUAAACCAUCAUGUCAAAACGUCCAAUGCCCUCUGGUGCACAAGGGGGGAAAAAAAGAAAAGAAGAUGAAGAAAAAUGGAAAAAAGACAAAGGUAUAACAUUGAGUAACCCAGGACUCGGUGCUGUCAGUGAUGUUACAGAAGAUGAGAGAACCUUUCCCACUAGUCCACCUGAAGCCAUACUCGUCACUGCUGAACUCUCCUCUCUUAUAUUACAUUUCAAGGAACCAACUAUAAUCGGAGAUGGAGCCACAAUAACUGAGUAUAAAGUCGAAUACAAGGAAAAAGAUGAAAAGCAGGAUGGGAGGUGGCUGGAAUAUAGAUCAGGAAGGAAAGUAGAGUUUUGUAUUAUUGAGGGGCUAAAGCCAAUGACAUCCUACAUAAUACGUGUGUCAGCCAUAUGUGGUGACUCUGGGGCCAGUGCUCCCAGUGAUGAGAUUGUAAUUAUGACAAAAAAGGAAGGAUCCUAUUAUGACAAACAUCAACAUAUUAAAGAAAAUAUGAUGCUAGCAAAGGGAACAGAAGAGGGAAAUCCUUCCAUAUAUCAGCUGAACACAGAUCUUUGUGACUCUGGAUAUCGUAAGUACAGUUUGGGAAAAGAAAACCUACAGAUACAUAAUAAAGUUAUUUUAUUAGUAGGAGCUACAGGAUCAGGAAAAACAACCCUGAUCAAUGGGAUGGCCAACUACAUCUUGGGUGUGGACUGGAAAGAUGACUUUAGGUUCAAACUUGUACACGAGGUAACAGGCAAAUCUCAAGCUCACAGCCAGACCUCUCUAGUUACAGCCUACAAGAUGAACCAUGAAAGUGGCUACAGAAUCCCUUAUUCCCUCACCAUUAUAGACACACCAGGGUUUGGAGACACAAGAGGAAUAGAGCAGGACAAGAAGAUCACAGAUGACAUAGAUGCAUUUUUUACAGCAGACAAUGGCAUUGAUCAGGUUGAUGCUGUGUGCUUUGUAGUACAGUCAUCUUUAGCUCGGCUGACACACACCCAGAAAUAUAUUUUCAAUUCUGUGUUUUCUAUCUUUGGGAAAGAUAUCAGAGACAACAUAAUGAUCCUGAUCAACUUCUCAGAUGGUGCAAAACCUCCAGUACUACAAGCCAUCAGAGAUGCUGGCAUCCCCUGCCCUGUGGACAGUAAUGGUGACCCUGUUCACUUCAAGUUCAACAAUUCAGCUUUAUUCGCUUGCAAUCAGGCCAGUAACAUGAGCUUUGAUGAGAUGUUCUGGAUGAUGGGGGAGCAAAGUAUGGGAACAUUUUUCAGUGAACUUUGUAAAAUAGAAACAACAAGUCUGAUGCUGACCAAGGAAGUCCUCAGGGAAAGGAAACAGCUUGAGAUUAAUGUUCAGGCCUUACAGCCACAGAUAACGGCUGGGCUAAUGAAACUGGAUGAAAUCAGAAGGACACAGGAAGCUCUGCAGCAGAACAAGGACCGAAUGGCGGCAAAUGAGGACUUUGAGUAUAAGGUCACCAUAACUGUCCCUGUACAGGAAGUGAUAACAAGUGGCUUCAUAACCAACUGCCAGCAAUGUCACUUUACCUGUCACUAUCCCUGUGGGGUUGCUAAUGACAAAAGAAAAUAUAAGUGUGCUGCUAUGUCAGAUGGAUACUGUAGACAAUGCCCAGGUAAAUGUAUCUGGAAUGUUCAUUUCAAUCAGAGGUAUAAGUGGGAGUAUGUGGCUAAAACAGAAAAAAGAACAUACGAUGAGUUGAAAAAAAAUUAUCAAGAAGCUUCUGGAGAGGUGAUGACUGCAGAAAGGUUGGUUAAACAAUUGAACAGGGAUUAUCACAAGGUAAAAAUAGGAGUGUUUGGUCUUAUUGACCAGUCCUCCAAGAGUCUGAAGCGCCUCCGGGAAAUUGCUUUGGUACCAAACCCUCUGUCAACCACUGAACACAUUGAUCUGAUAAUACAGAGUGAGGAACAAGAAGCCAAACCAGGAUAUAAGGAGAGAAUCCAGUCCCUGAUGGAGGUCAGAGAGCAGGCAAUGUUGUUAGAGAAGAUAGAGAGGGGGGAAGAGUUGCUGUCUGAUGAACAGAAAAGCCGUCCCUUUAUGGAAUUGUGAAAUACGUUGAAUACUGUGAAGGAUACUGUGACAGAUAAAUUUAACAAUGUACUGCUUUCCCUCUCUGGAAAAAGUACACAACAAGUGACAUAACAUCAACGGUCAUUAUUUGCAGAAAGUACCAAUAUGUGUUCAUACAUAGAUACCUACAUUCUAUAAUCUAUAGUUUUUAUAUUUUCUAUAAUAUUGAUAUUUUUCUUCUCUCUAUUUUUCUUUCAAAAGUGUUUUUAUUGCAAUAUGCAGAAGUUAUAUACAAUCGAGCCGUACAAGAAAUUGAUACAUACAUUUUCUUACAUUUUCUUUCCCCAGUUAUAACAAUACAGAGAAAUACAUAAAGAUUCAUGUUAUAUGGAAACAAAAAUGGCGUUAAUUAAAGAACAAAUUGUACGACCAAA